AGAGGCCGGGAGCCGGCGGGUCGGGGCGCGGAGGCGGCCUCGGCGGGAGGAGGGCGCGGCCGGCGGGAGGGGCCGGGGCGGCGCCGGGAGGGACGCGCACGGCAGCGCGGCCGCCUGGCCCAGCAGGUGACCGCGGGCCGGGGCUGGAGCCGGAGCGGAUAGCCGGCGGCGCGGCGGGGAGACGGCGCGCGGGGCCGGGCGAAGUUUGCCGGAACAUGGCGGAAGAGCCUGGGGCGCGCAGGAGCGCGGCGCGGCGGCGUCCGGAGCCCCGGGAGUUGUAGCCGCCGCAGCCGCAGCAGCCGCCGCGGGGCGAGGUCGCCGCCAUGGCCCGUUGGAUCCCGACCAAGAGGCAGAAGUACGGGGUUGCGAUCUAUAACUACAACGCCUCUCAAGAUGUGGAGCUGUCCUUGCAGAUCGGAGACACGGUUCACAUCCUGGAGAUGUAUGAGGGUUGGUACAGAGGAUAUACCCUCCAAAAUAAAUCGAAGAAGGGUAUCUUCCCGGAAACGUAUAUCCAUUUGAAAGAAGCCACUGUGGAAGACCGCGGGCAACAUGAGACCGUGAUUCCCGGGGAGCUCCCACUGGUGCAGGAGCUCACCUCGACUUUGCGGGAAUGGGCUGUCAUCUGGCGUAAGCUCUACGUGAGCAACAAGAUCAUGCUCUUCCGCCAACUGCAGCAGAUGACGUACAGCCUGAUUGAGUGGCGGUCCCAGAUUCUGUCUGGAACCCUGCCCAAGGACGAACUGGCAGAGCUCAAGAAGAAGGUCACUGCCAAAAUCGAUCACGGGAACAGAAUGCUGGGCUUGGAUCUGGUCGUGCGGGACGACAACGGGAACAUCUUGGACCCGGAUGAAACCAGCACCAUCGCCCUCUUCAAGGCGCAUGAAAUGGCCUCGAAAAGGAUUGAGGAAAAGAUCCAGGAAGAGAAGUCCAUCCUGCAGAACCUGGACUUACGGAGCCAAUCCAUCUUCAGUGCUGUCCACACCUACGGCCUGUAUGUCAACUUCAAGAACUUUGUCUGCAACAUCGGGGAAGAUGCAGAGUUGCUCAUGGCCCUCUAUGACCCGGACCAGUCCACGUUCAUCAGUGAGAACUACCUGAUUCGUUGGGGCAGCAGUGGAAUGCCCAAGGAAAUAGAGAAGCUCAACAAUCUUCAGGCGGUCUUUACUGACCUCAGCAGCACAGACCUCAUCCGGCCCCGCAUCAGCCUCGUGUGCCAAAUCGUCCGGGUCGGCCACAUGGAGCUGAAGGAGGGCAAAAAGCACACCUGUGGACUCCGAAGACCCUUUGGAGUGGCAGUGAUGGAUAUUACCGAUAUCAUACAUGGGAAGGUGGAUGAUGAAGAAAAGCAGCAUUUUAUUCCCUUUCAGCAAAUUGCCAUGGAAACCUAUAUCCGGCAGAGGCAGCUAAUCAUGUCGCCCCUGAUAACAUCCCAUGUGAUUGGGGAGAAUGAGCCGCUCACUUCAGUCUUGAAUAAGGUGAUAGCAGCCAAGGAAGUCAAUCACAAAGGACAAGGACUUUGGGUUUCGUUGAAGCUAUUGCCAGGCGACCUCACGCAGGUUCAGAAAAACUUCUCACACUUAGUGGAUAGAUCCACAGCAAUCGCCCGGAAAAUGGGCUUUCCUGAAAUAAUCCUUCCAGGAGACGUUCGGAAUGAUAUUUAUGUCACCCUGAUCCACGGGGAGUUUGACAAAGGGAAAAAGAAGACACCGAAGAACGUGGAGGUGACCAUGUCCGUGUAUGAUGAGGAGGGCAGGCUCUUGGAGAAAGCAAUUCAUCCUGGUGCUGGGUACGAAGGCAUUUCUGAGUACAAGUCAGUGGUCUACUACCAAGUCAAGCAGCCCUGUUGGUAUGAGACUGUGAAGGUAUCCAUUGCUAUAGAAGAGGUCACACGCUGUCAUAUAAGAUUUACCUUCCGACACAGGUCGUCUCAGGAAUCCAGAGAUAAAUCAGAGCGCGCCUUUGGGGUGGCCUUCGUGAAGCUGAUGAACCCGGAUGGCACCACUCUGCAGGAUGGGAGGCACGAUCUGGUGGUUUAUAAGGGUGACAACAAGAAAAUGGAAGAUGCCAAGUUCUACCUGAGCCUGCCUGGAACCAAGGCAGAGAUGGAAGAAAAGGAGCUCCAAGCAUCCAAAGCCCUAGCCAACUUUACACCCACCAAGGAUAGCACAAAAGAUAGCUUUCAGAUCGCCACACUCAUCUGCUCUACAAAGCUCACCCAGAACGUUGACCUGUUAGGCUUGUUAAAUUGGCGUUCGAACUCCCAGAACAUUAAACACAACUUAAAGAAGUUAAUGGAGGUGGAUGGAGGAGAGAUUGUUAAGUUUUUGCAAGAUACGCUCGAUGCACUUUUUAACAUAAUGAUGGAAAUGUCAGACAAUGAAACAUAUGACUUCCUUGUGUUUGAUGCACUGGUGUUUAUUAUUUCACUGAUAGGAGACAUCAAGUUCCAGCAUUUUAAUCCGGUCCUGGAGACCUACAUCUACAAACAUUUCAGUGCCACGCUGGCCUAUGUGAAACUCUCCAAGGUACUGAACUAUUACGUGGCGAAUGCAGAUGACUCCAGCAAGACAGAGUUGCUUUUUGCCGCCUUGAAAGCCUUAAAGUACUUGUUUCGAUUCAUCAUCCAAUCCAGAGUGCUCUACUUGAGAUUUUAUGGCCAGAGCGAAGAUGGAGAUGAAUUUAGUAACUCAAUCCGCCAUUUAUUUCUUGCUUUCAAUACACUGAUGGACAGGCCUCUGGAGGAAGCUGUCAAGAUCAAGGGGGCAGCCUUGAAGUACCUUCCUAGCAUCAUUAAUGAUGUCAAACUUGUGUUUGAUCCUGUGGAGCUCAGUGAGCUCUUCUGCAAGUUCAUCCUGAGCAUCCCUGACAACCAGUUAGUUCGACAGAAGCUGAACUGCAUGACUAAGAUAGUAGAGAGCAAUCUUUUCCGGCAGUCAGAGUGCAGAGAUGUGCUGCUGCCCCUGCUGAUAGACCAGCUCAGCGGCCAGUUAGACGACAACUCCAGCAAGCCUGACCAUGAGGCCAGCUCGCAGCUUCUGAGCUACAUCCUGGAAGUGCUGGACAGGAAGGAUGUGGGCCCCACAGCGAUGCAUAUCCAGCUGAUAAUGGAACGGCUGCUGAGAAGGAUUAACCGGACCGUCAUUGGGAUGAGCCGACAGUCUCCCCACAUUGGGAGUUUUGUUGCCUGCAUGAUUGCCAUCCUGCGGCAGAUGGAUGACAGCCACUACAGCCACUAUAUCAGCACUUUCAAAACCAGACAAGACAUCAUCGACUUCCUCAUGGAAACUUUUAUCAUGUUUAAGGAUCUAAUUGGAAAGAAUGUUUAUGCCAAAGACUGGAUGGUCAUGAAUAUGAUGCAGAGCAGAGUUUUCCUCCGUGCCAUAAACCAGUUUGCUGAGGUUCUCACAAAAUUCUUCAUGGAUCAGGCAAGCUUUGAACUUCAGCUCUGGAACAAUUACUUCCAUUUGGCAGUAGCAUUUCUCACCCAUGAGUCCCUUCAGCUUGAAACCUUCUCACAAGCCAAGCGCAACAAAAUCGUGAAAAAAUAUGGGGACAUGAGAAAGGAAAUCGGCUUUAGGAUCCGGGACAUGUGGUAUAACCUGGGUCCCCACAAAAUCAAAUUCAUCCCAUCCAUGGUGGGUCCCAUUCUGGAGGUCACACUGACCCCUGAAGUAGAGCUCCGGAAAGCCACCAUCCCCAUUUUCUUUGAUAUGAUGCAGUGUGAGUUCAAUUUCAGUGGAAACGGCAAUUUCCAUAUGUUUGAGAAUGAGUUGAUCACAAAGCUGGACCAAGAGGUUGAAGGGGGCAGAGGAGAUGAACAAUACAAGGUCCUUCUGGAAAAACUGCUCCUAGAACACUGCCGGAAACAUAAAUACCUCUCCAGCUCCGGAGAAGUAUUCGCGCUCCUGGUCAGCAGCCUCUUAGAGAAUCUCUUGGACUACAGAACCAUCAUCAUGCAUGAUGAGAGCAAGGAAAACCGCAUGAGCUGUACUGUUAACGUGCUGAAUUUUUACAAAGAAAAGAAGAGAGAAGACAUCUACAUAAGAUAUUUGUACAAGCUUCGGGAUUUGCACCGGGACUGUGAGAACUACACGGAAGCUGCCUACACGCUCCUCCUCCAUGCUGAGCUCCUGCAGUGGUCCGACAAGCCCUGUGUACCCCAUUUGCUUCAGAGGGACAGUUACUAUGUAUAUACCCAGCAAGAGCUUAAAGAGAAGCUGUAUCAAGAAAUCAUAUCAUAUUUUGACAAAGGCAAAAUGUGGGAGAAGGCAAUUAAGUUGAGCAAAGAGUUGGCGGAGACUUAUGAGAGCAAAGUAUUCGACUACGAGGGUCUGGGCAAUCUCCUGAAAAAAAGAGCCUCGUUUUAUGAGAACAUCAUCAAGGCAAUGAGGCCUCAGCCUGAAUACUUUGCUGUCGGAUACUACGGCCAAGGCUUUCCUUCUUUCCUGCGGAACAAAAUCUUCAUCUACCGGGGGAAGGAGUACGAGCGGCGUGAAGACUUCAGCCUGAGGCUGCUGACCCAGUUCCCCAACGCCGAGAAGAUGACCAGCACCACGCCCCCGGGAGAGGACAUCAAGUCAUCCCCAAAACAGUAUAUGCAGUGUUUCACCGUAAAGCCAGUGAUGAGCCUGCCACCCAGCUAUAAGGAUAAACCAGUUCCAGAGCAGAUCUUAAACUACUACAGAGCCAAUGAAGUACAGCAGUUCCGGUAUUCUCGGCCAUUCCGGAAAGGAGAGAAGGAUCCCGACAAUGAGUUUGCUACUAUGUGGAUUGAAAGGACCACGUAUACAACUGCCUAUAGCUUCCCUGGGAUUCUCAAGUGGUUUGAAGUCAAGCAGAUUUCAACAGAGGAAAUCAGUCCUCUGGAGAAUGCCAUUGAAACCAUGGAGCUCACCAAUGAGAAGAUCAGCAACUGUGUCCAGCAGCACGCCUGGGACCGCUCCCUCUCCGUGCACCCCCUCUCCAUGCUGCUCAGUGGCAUCGUGGACCCAGCUGUCAUGGGGGGCUACUCCAACUAUGAGAAGGCUUUUUUUACAGAAAAGUACUUGCAGGAGCAUCCUGAAGACCAGGAGAAGAUUGAGCUGCUAAAGCGACUGAUAGCUUUACAGAUGCCUCUGCUGACAGAGGGCAUCCGCAUCCACGGGGAGAAGCUGACAGAGCAGCUGAAGCCAUUGCACGACCGGCUGUCCUCCUGCUUCCGGGAACUCAAGGAGAAAGUGGAAAAGCUCUAUGGGGUUAUAACGCUGCCACCGAACUUGACCGAGAGGAAACAGAGCCGCGCAGGAUCCAUCGUGCUCCCUUACAUCAUGUCGUCUACACUGCGGAGACUGUCCAUCACCUCCGUGGCUUCCUCUGUGAUCUCCACCUCUUCUAAUUCCUCGGAUAAUGCUCCUUCCAGACCCGGGUCUGAUGGGUCAAUCCUGGAGCCGCUUUUGGAGCGCAGGGCCUCGUCCGGGGCCAGAGUCGAAGAUCUGUCACUCAGAGAGGACAGUGAGAACCGGAUCGGCAAGUUCAAGAGAAAAGACUGGAGUCUGAGCAAGUCCCAGGUCAUAGCAGAGAAAGCACCAGAACCUGAUCUGCUGAGCCCAGCCAGAAAAGCACAAAGGCCAAAGAGUCUCCAGCUGUCGGACAGUCGGCUGACACCGUUUCACGGCUCUUCUCCUCAGCCAACAGCCCUGAGCCCACCUCCACUCACUCCUAAAUCAACCAGGACCCUGAGCUCCCCAUCGUUGCAGACAGAUGGGCUGAUGACAGCUGCUGUCCCACCACCCCCUCCCCCCAAAAGCAAGCCCUAUGAGAGCAGCCAGAGGAACUCCACAGAGGUGGCGCCCCCACUGCCUGUCCGCAGAGACGCCAAAGCCCCACCCCCACCACCUCCCAAAGCUCGGAAAUCUGGCAUCCUUUCUGCUGAGCCUGGAUCCCAGUAAGGAUCUCCUUCUCUCUCUGGAACUCUUGAGCGCCUUGGACCACUGACGCCUGAGAGCUGGCCUCCAGGAGGCAGGAUCCUCAUUGCAAGGCUCCUGCUGGCUGCCUUUCCUGAUUUGGGAUUGAAGUUCACCAGCUCAAAAAUGGGUUUUGUUCUUUUGAAAACUUCUCAGCUUGAGGCCUGAGGCCAUGCUCUAUCGCCUCCAGUCCACGUGGAAUUCUAGAAUUGGCCAUGACACCCCAGCCUCCAACACAGUGACACUGGGGGCUACAAAAGCCUGGAUCCGUUCUUUAGUGGGGGUGGUGGAGCCAUCCCAGGAACCUCCUUGGAGGAAUUUCUUGCUUUGCUUCUGAAAAGCUGCGCUUAUUAAGACUUUGUUUUCCCACGCGGAUGUACCCUAUUUCCUGUGACGUAUUUGAAGAGACUGAGAUCGAGGAUUUUGGAAGCUGGAAUAAUCUGUCUUUCUGAGACCGACUGUGUCUCUUUUGCAGAAAAGAACAUCUUUUGAAUGGAGAUCGGCUGCUUCCAAGUAUGAACGACAGUCAUUGAAAAACCGUGGACUCGGUCAUAGCCCUGAGCUCCUGUGUCCCUCCCACACCUCCCUGUGGUGUGGGAGAGCUGCCCCCGACCGCCCUCCCAUCCCCAGGAGUCCCUCACACUCCCAACUAAUGUCCCUUACUGCACAGCAGUCACUCCAUCCUACCAUGGACUCCGGAAGCUCUUUCUUUUAUAUACAGUUUCUUGUCCUGUUACCUCCUCUGAGCUCAGAUCACUGGAUAUGAGGGACUUAGACGCCCGGAUUCAGCAGCCUCUCUUCAGAUCCCAUUGGGAUGGCUCAGCGGCCCCUGUCUGCGACCUGAUUUUACCCUGGAGAAUACAGUGCAAUAUCUCUCUUUGA